AUGUCGUCCUCAACACCACCACCAUCAGCAAUGGACACAACACUGAACUCCAACAGCACCGCUAAUUCUAAUUCCUACCCCUAUACUGAGACAAACUCCACCCCCCAACCCAAUACCGAACAAGCUCUAGAUUCGAAAUUAACGGAACGCCUUCUAAUUGAAUUGAAAAAAAAAUUUAAAGAAAAUCUUUCUCUUGACAAAAAAUAUGAGCGACAACAUUAUUUUAUUGUUGCUUUGUGUGCUUUAGUUAUUUGUGUUGGUGUUGUCAUUGUAUGUCUAAAGAAUAGUAAGGCUGAUGUUUUUGGUGUUGGUUAUGAUGGUUGGAAGAUUUUUGAAUCUGUCUUUUCUGGUGCCCUCUCUGCGGGUGGUCUUUUUGGAGCUCUGCGUACUCUUGUUUUUCCUCAGAAAAAGAAGGAGGAUGAAGAAGCUAAGUUUGAUGAUCAUAGUGCUAUUGCCCUUUGCGUGAAACACAAUUUGGGGUCAGCUCUACAUACAAAUUCUGAAAAUCUGGCGACGAUAAAUCAGAAUCGGCAAAAAGCAAUAGCAAGUCAGGCCAAAUGGUUUAUUGUUUUUACUCGUCUCUAUUAUUUCUAUGGUCUUAGUAAGAAAGAUCUAGAGAAUGUUUUUUUGUCGGAAGCGAGAAAAAAAGCAAUCGAGUAUCUUCUCCACGGUAUAGGAGACGCAGAAGUUUGUGCGUCAAAAAAACAGACUAUACACGAACGCCUUGAUGAUCUAAGAAAUAAAUGCAAUGUAUCAACAAAAAACCAUACCGAUUUACGUGGGAAUUUUGAUGCAAAAUAUCAAAAUUUAAAAGGAACGCCAAUAAAAAAACUUGAAUACGAACUUGAGAGGUUAAAGAAAAAAUUUGACAGCUCGGAAAAGAUGCAGAAGGAUUUGAAAUUUGAUGGGUUAGAAAAUGAAUUUGAGGGGUUAGAAAAUGAAUUUGCGGAGUUAGUAAAUAAACUUGAGGGGUUAAAAGGAAACAAGUUAUAUGCGUUACAAAAGUUUGAAAAAAAAUUAGGAGAAUUUGAACAGAAAUUAACAAGCUUUAGCCGUGAUUCAAAACAACUUCAAAAGGAUUUUACAUAUUUUGAGUCAAUAGAGUCAAAGGAGUUAAAGGAUUCAGAAGAAUCUAAAAAGACAUCAGGAGUCACAAAACAAUAG